ACCUUGUCUCCAGUUUCACUUGGUAUAUCAUCAUCAAACUGAAACUGGCCUCGUGGAGUUUACAGCCAGAACAUUAGAGGUAAAUUUACAGUAGGGCUCCACGCUGUAACUCUGGAGGGAGUUUAAUCAUUAUCACAGGCCUGAUGUCUUCAAACAAGGCCCAUAUCAACUGACUGAUAUUGCCCCACUUUGCAUUGAAAUGUGUGUGUGCCUACAUAUCUGAUCAAAUGUUGGACUCUGAUGACUGCACCUUGUCCCUGGACAAUCUGUUUUUUGAGAAACCCAUUGUCCACAAAGUAAAACCACUGCACCAGGAGGUCAGCCCAUGGCAGCUGGAAGUGCCUCCAUCUCUUUCUCAGGUUCCAGCCACUCAGGAUAUGCAGAAGGAGGCAGAGUCUCUCUCUACCCUAUACAGUUUCUCACAGAGACCCAAGACACUACUGCCUUCUUUUAAAGGAUCAGCUGACCUUAAGCUUUUACCAUCUAAAAUCAACAGCCCUUACAGUUAUUACAAUGAUGAGAAAGAGAUUGAGGAAACCCUGGGUGGCAGCAGUAGCACCAGCAGAUGUGAUGGCCUUUGGAGAGGUGAAGGGUUCAGGGAUUACUCUCAGGGUGCCUCCUGUCAGAGUGGCAGAAGUGGGGAUGAAACCCCACAGGACUCUGCUCAUGCAGCCAUCGGCAAGAGGUUUUUGUCUCUGGACUGCAGCAAAGGCCCACCUCUACGAAGAAGCUUGUUCAAGGUUCAGGUGUUGAACAGUGGAGGUGACUCGUCACACACAGAUGACCUCAGAGGCAGCGGCAGCCAGACAGCAUCCAGACCUCAAACUUUUCUCAGUCCGGUUACCAUGGCGACAGUGCCUCCUCCUCUUCAGCCGCCGCGAGCGACAGUUAGCCAGGCAGCUCCUCCUUUCUCCCCCAAGCCCCCCUUCUCACCCCCUUCUCUGGGCUCAUCUGCAGCGAGUGGCCGACCCCCGCAGCAGGCGGCACAUGCUGAGAUGCAGGACAAGGGCACAAAGAGAGCUUUCGUUCCGCCCAUGACGCCUCAGCCGCUUCGCAUACAAGGUUCCUCAGAGUCCGGAGUUUUACGACCUGUUUCUGAAAUUUCAGCCAAGUUCAGAUCUGUCUUCAACGAGUUCCCCUAUUUCAACUACGUUCAAUCCAAGGCACUUGAUGACGUUCUUUACACGGGUAAGAACUUUGUGGCCUGUGCUCCUACUGGAUCUGGUAAAACAGUGCUGUUUGAGCUGGCCAUCAUCCGUCUGUUAAUGGAGACCUCAGAGCCCUGGAGCAAUGUCAAAGCAGUCUACAUGGCCCCGAUCAAAGCUCUCUGCAGUCAGUGCUUUGAGAGCUGGAAGAAGAAGUUUGGUCCUCUGGGUCUGAACUGUAAAGAGCUGACGGGCGACACAGAGAUCGAUGACUUCUUUGAGAUUCAGGACUCCCACAUCAUCCUCACCACACCUGAAAAAUGGGACAGCAUGACAAGAAAAUGGAAGGACAACUGUCUGCUGCAGCUAGUCAGGCUCUUCCUUAUCGAUGAGGUUCACGUGGUGAAGGAUGCGACCCGUGGUGCCACGCUGGAAGUUGUUGUGAGCAGGAUGAAGGCCGUUAAUGCUUUCAGAACGGCACAGGAUCCAGGGACAAGCCUCUCUAUGAGGUUUGUGGCUGUGUCAGCCACUAUACCCAACAUCUCUGAUAUAGCAGACUGGCUGUCUAAUGAGAGUGGUCCAGCCACAUAUCUGCACAUGGACGAGAGCCACCGUCCUGUCAAGCUGAGGAAGGUGGUACUGGGAUUCCCCUGCAGCCCGAACCAAACAGAGUUCAAGUUUGACCUCUCGCUCAACUACAAGAUGGCCAACAUCUUACAAACGUACUCUGACCAGAAGCCAGCACUGGUGUUUUGCUCUACAAGGAAAGGAGUCCAGCAGUCAGCUGCAGUUCUAGCCAAGGAUGCUAGGUUCAUUAUGAGCAUUGAGCACAAGCAAAGGUUGAUGAAAUAUGCAAACUGUGUUUUGGAUUCAAAACUGAGAGAUCUGGUGAUAUUAGGAGUUGGUUACCACCACGCAGGAGUUGACCUGUCUGACAGGAAGUUGAUAGAAGAGGCCUUCACUCAAGGAGACCUGCCUGUCCUCUUUACCACCAGGACUCUGGCCAUGGGGGUGAACCUGCCAGCUCAUCUGGUGGUGAUCAAGUCUACCAUGCAGUAUGUGGCAGGCUCCUGUGAGGAGUACAGCGAGGCAGACUUGCUGCAGAUGAUAGGCCGAGCUGGAAGACCACAAUUUGACACAUCAGCGACUGCAGUGAUCAUGACCAAGAUCCAAACCAAAGACAAGUAUAUGAACCUUAUGAAUGGGAUGGAAAUCAUUGAGAGCAGCUUACACAGUCACCUGGUGGAGCACCUGAAUGCUGAGAUUGUUCUCCAAACCAUCAGUGAUGUCAACAUGGCUCUGGACUGGAUACGCUCCACCUUCCUCUACAUCAGAGCCCUCAAGAACCCCGCACACUACGGUUUCUCUGCUGACUUAGACAGAUAUGGAAUCGAAGCAAAACUGCAAGAACUCUGUCUGAAAACCCUCAACGCUCUGUCCUCCAUUGGUCUGAUCAACAUGGAUGAGGAUAUCAACAUCAAACCAACAGAGAGCGGCAGGUUGAUGGCCCGGUACUGUGUUGCCUUUGACACCAUGAAGCAGUUCAGCAAAGUGGCUGGCACUGAGAACCUACCUGACCUGAUUGAGUUGGUGUCGAAGAGCAGAGAGUUCAGCGACAUUCAGUUGAGAAUGAAUGAGAAGAGGCCUUUAAACACCUUGAAUAGGGACAAAAACAGGAUCACCAUCAGGUUUCCCCUUGAGGGAAAGAUCAAAACCAGUGAGAUGAAAGUGAACUGCUUGAUUCAGGCUCAGUUGGGUUCCAUUUCAAUUCAAGAGUUUGGACUGACACAAGACACAGCGAGGAUCUUCAAAAAUGGGAUGCGCAUCAGCAAAUGCCUGUCAGAGUUUCUGAGUCACCAAUCCAAAACUGGUUUCUCUGCUCUGCUCAACUCCCUGAUCCUGGCCAAGUGCUUCAGAGCCAAGCUUUGGGAAAACUCGCCCUAUGUUUCCAAACAGCUGGAGAAGAUAGGCCAGACCCUUUCGACUGCCAUGGUGAAUGCUGGACUCACCACUUUCAGCAAAAUAGAGCAAACCCAUGCCAGAGAGAUUGAGCUGAUUCUCAACAGACAUCCACCAUUUGGCAACCAAAUCAGAGAAUCUGUCAUACAUCUCCCGACAUAUGAAGUCACUUUGGAGCAGCUUCCCAGGUAUAGCUGUGCUGCGGCAGAGAUCGUGCUAAAGGUGAACCUUAAAAACCAAGCACAGCUGCUGUCCAGGAGAACAGCUCCAGACCACCACUAUGUCACUCUGAUAAUCGGAAACUCUGACAACGCCGUGGUCUUCCUACACAAACUCACGGACUUGGUACUGCUAAAGUGUGGUAGUUGGUCGAAGAAGAUCGAAGUGGCAAAGGCCUCAAAAGGAGAGGAGAUCAGUGUCAAUCUCAUCAGCUCACAAUAUGUGGGCCUGGAUAUCCAACAGAAGUUCAACAUAUACUACUCUGGAGCAAGGAGGUUUGGAACUGAUAAUCCAUACAAGAUACAAUAUGAUCCCCCUGCACAGAGACUGCAGCUCUCUGCACUGAAACCGCAGACUGCCGAUCAAGCUGCUACUCAGAGGGAAAACACCACAUCUGCUACCGACCAAGAUGUAGGCAAUAAACGACAGUGCAACCACUUCUGCAAGAAUAAGGAUCUCUGUGGCCACGACUGCUGUAAAGUAGGUGUAACUGUGGCACGGAAGAGAUCAGCAACUCAAGAAUCCGGUUUCUCUUCCUAUUUGAAGGACCUGAGGAGCAGGUGUGACACACUUGCAGAGACUCCAGUCAAACGACUCAAGAUGAAAAUGAGCCAGGAAUCUGUUUCUGACAACAUGCAGCAGUUUUCUUACAAACCAAAAGAGAGGCUACCUUCUGUUAACUGGUAUGGAGGCAGUAGUCACUAUGAAGCUUCAGUGAGACCUCACACUGAGACUGUGGAUCUGACUGGAGACAUAGACAUAGUUCAGCUGGAUGAUGCUGACAGUGAUUAUGAUGACUAUAUGGAGGACAUGAUGACAGAUGAGCCUGCUCACACACCUGCAGCAUCUCACGCUUACCAUCAAAGCUCCUCAGUGUGGGUGAACCCAGGAGUCAGUGUUGGUGUGCGUCAGAUCCAUAAACCACUUCAAAACCAGAUCAAUACAGCCAGCUCAGCUUAUUCAAAGAGGUCCACUGCGGUGUCGAAGCACGGUGUUCACGGCGAAAAUGCUUCAUGUUCACAAAUACCAACUGUGACCUUUGAUCUUGGAAAUGAUUGGGACGACUGGGGCGACUUUGAUGACGAGAACUUGGUGCACGCCAGCGAGAUGUCAUCAACUAAUGCUAAACCUCAAGUCCAGCAGUCUGUUGACUACAACACGCCAGGGUUUGCUGGGACAUCUGCACCUGGAUCCCUCAGUCACUCACAGGUCAAACCCUGUACAACCACUGCGAGAACACCACUCAGGUUGAUUCCUCCCAUUUUAAACCCAUUAAUCAGAGAUCCAGGACCCUCUCUGCUCACAGUCAGACCACAAAACAGAAUCACACUCGACUGGAAUAAAAAGAGGCCGAGCAUCUUCAGCGAAGAGUUCCAAGUAAAAACACCAGAAACUCUCCCAAAGCAGACUGAGACCCACUUGGCCCCGUUAACCAAAAGGUUUGAUUUCUUCUCAAGAGUGAGUGAACCAUCCAACACCAGCUCAUCUGUCAACAGAAGCACUGCCUGCAGAGAGGAAGAAGCUUUCAUUGGGAUAUUUGAUGGUAUAAUGUAGAAGUACUGUUUGUCUAACUUUGUCAUGAAUAUGAAGUUAACUUAAAGUGUUUUCUUUAUUGUUUUCAUGUUUUGUUAACCAAUGAACUUUAGAGUUGUAGGAUGUUUUAAAGUCACUUUAUUUUAUGUUCACAUUGUAAAUGAAACUCAUUGUUUCUAAUGUUCUAAUUGUUACUAAUGCAUUGUUUAUUUAUUGAAUAAAGUAUUUAUUUAUUGGACAA